AUGGCGGGAAUAAGUGAUACAGAUCUUCUACGUAAUGGUGAAAAUAAAGUGCCACUGAAGUGUUCACUCUGCAAACAUGUGUAUGACGUCACCAACAGAACACCAAAGUAUCUUCCCUGUCUUCAUACAUUCUGCGUACUUUGUCUAGCUGGUCAUGUUGGUAAAAUAUUCCAAUGUCCCGGAUGUAAACAGAAGAAUAACAUUCCUAAAGGCAUUGAUCUAAUUCCAACAAAUUUCGCAUUUCUAAAUUAUAAUCAAUUACUUUGUCAUAAGGAUCAGAUUAAGCACAGUAAACUACCAACGUGCCAAAGCUGUUGCCGUAACAACCAAACACUGAAUGUUUCACAUUGUUCGGACUGUGAAGCAUACCUUUGCCAAAGUUGUCAUGACAACCACAUUCACAUCGAAUCUUUGAGCACACAUGAAGUGAAAACCAUUGAAGAAUUGAAAGAAUUAUCAGAAGAAUUACUUAUCUCAUUUUUUCAUCGAAAACGAUUUUGCUCAAAAGGAAGUCAUAAUGAUCAGAGAAUAACACUGUUUUGUGAUCAUCAGGAUUGUCAGUCACCAAUCUGUCUGAAGUGCGCUCUCUUAGAACAUAAUAUAAUAGAUCACCAGCCAAUCAACACAGAGAAAGCAACGUUGAAAUACAAAGAAGUAAUCAACAGCAAACUUGACAAAGCAAUUGAUAAAACUAAGGAGUUAUCUUUCCAAAUUAAUCAAAUUAAUCAAGAAUUAUCCAACCUUAAAGAUAACACUACAAAACAAAUAUACGAGGUUGAACAUUUCUUCUCUGAAUUAAUCAAAAAAAUCAACAGUAGAAAACAACAGUUGGUCUGCGAAAUCGAGAAGCAACACGACGUACUGGAAACAUCGCUCAAUAUUGAGAAAAAGAAGCUACAGACGAGGCAACAUAUUGUCGAUACAUCUGUGAAAUUCACAGAAUUCACACUAAAAUAUGACAGUGAUGUAGAACUAUUGACAACUAAAUACGAUGUAUGCAGUCAACUGGACAAGGUAUCAUCACAGAAAAUACCAGAUCACAAAUCAACGACAGAACAGUUCCCACGAUUCUUUCAUCCUGAGAGUGUAAAUCUAAAUAUGGUAAAUAAUACAGUGUUUGCUGGGUAUCAUGUGAAGAUCAGUUGUGACGUCAUAAAAAGUGAUGCAGUCGUUGGUAAAACCUGCAAUUUCACUAUAACCCCACGUGACAUGAAUGGUAAACAACUCGGUGUAUCUGCAAUUCCUGUAGAGGUCACACUAAAUGACCCUGAUAACCGAAAUGUUGUCACCACUACAGAUGACAAUGGGGAUGGGACUUACAUGGUAAAGUACAGACCACAGAGAGAAGGAAAACACCACGUGGCUGUUACGUUAUACAGUACGCCGAUAGAGGGCAGUCCAUACAUCAUCGAUGUAAAACCGUCAAAAAAGAUCAAAUGUGACGUAUAUACGAAUGAGAGAGAGGUGAAUAUGGAUUGUACAACAACCAUUCAUUAUCUCGCCGACAUGGAAGCCUUACCUGCCAUAGUCCGUGAUCCUGACAGUCUACCUGUGGAAACUCGCAUCACCACUAAACAUGAGGUGAUCUUUCAACCUACCAAGGUAGGACGUCAUACAAUAGUUUUGAAUAAGUAUGUUACACCAGCAGAUUGUAACCCAUAUAUCAUUGAUGUGAUGGAUACAAAGGGGCAGUGGGAAGUAGGGAGAAAAGGAGUGAACAAUGCAGAAUUCAAUCAACCUGUAGGCGUUACUGUUGAUAAGAAGGGCAAUGUUCUGGUAGCAGACUUUGGUAACAAAAGGAUACAGAUACUUGACAGCAAUGGGAAAUACAUUGAUCAGAUACUGCUUGAUUCAGAGCGUCCCACUGGUGUUACCAUGGCAACCAAUGGCAAUAUUGUUGUGGUAGAAUUUAACACCAAACAUGUCCAUAUAUACAGCGAAAAUAGAGAAAAGAUAAAACAGUUCACAUAUAAAGAAUUUGUCAGACCUUAUGGCGUAACUGUCAACAGUAAAGGACAUAUAUUGGUAGCUGAUCCUAAGGCAUCUUACAUCUUUGUGUUUACAUCUGAUGGAGAUUUCAUAAUGAAGAUUGGGAAGGAAGAAGGUGAAGGUAAACUGAAUAACCCUCACUUCGUUGCUUCUGGUAGGCAUGAUGACGUCAUUGUGUCUGACCUUCACAACGGACUGGCAUUAUUCACUGAGCGUGGACAGUUUAUAC